AUGACCAACUCCGAGCUGGCCACUCGGGGCCCCGAAAGCGAUGCGCAAGAGACCGACACCCCGUCUCCCAGCGACUCUCCCGCCUUGGCGGAUGCUCCUGCACACCCAGCCAUGACUGAGCAUUGCACAUCCGAUCGGCCACUCCCCGCGGGCCAGACUUCCACAGGCGAAUUGACCAAAUUGAACGACGUCGAUGUCUACAUCUCCAAACCAGCCGACUACCCGCACACCCCGUCUCGGCUCCUCCUCCUUUUAACAGGCGGGACUGGCCUGCACAGUGUCAACAACCAGAUCCAGGCGGACCGCUUUGCGAGCGAGGGGUACGUGGUGGUGAUGCCGGACCUGUUCGCGGGCGACCCGGCGCCCAACAGCAGCCUGACCGCGGCCGAUUUAGCCGGUGUCAGUACAACGGCGGCCCAGUCUUCGUCGUCAUCGUCAUCGUCGCUGCUCGACGUGUUCAAGGUCAAGGCGCUCGAGACGGCCAAGAGCUUCCUGAUCGACAUGUGGUUGGCGCGGCACACGGAAGAGAAGGUGAUGCCCAUCCUGGAAAAGGUGCUCGAGGGGGCGAGGGACGAGUUCGCGGACGCCGUGUCUCACGGGGGCGGGGUGUACGCGGUGGGGUACUGCUUCGGGGCGAGGUAUGUCCUGCUGCUGGCCGCGGAACGGCCGGCCAGGCGGCAGGGGCAGCGCCGCGGGGAUGACGAGGAGGCGAACCGGCCGGCGACGGUGCCGCCGCAGAUCAAGGCGGGUGCGCUGGCGCACGCGACGCUGGUGUCGAAGCAGGACUUUGUCGGACUCAAGGCGCCCUUGAGCGUGGUUUGCGUCGAGGAUGAUCCCGUGUUCCCGGACGAGGUGAGGAUCGCUGGGGAGCAGUACAUGACUGAGAAUGGGGUCGAGCACGAGGUGCAGGUCUAUCCCGGAGUGCCGCAUGGUGAGUGCAAACCUGCCAAACAACCCCCCCCCCCCGGGGCCCGGGGAGCCGAGUGUGGGAGGAGGAACCGGUGCUAA